AUGGCGGCGGGCGGGGCGGGCGCGGCGCGGAAGCAGGUGCGGCAGGAGGAGCUGCGGCGCCUCAUGCGCGAGAAGCAGCGGCAGAACGCGGGCAGGAAGCGCCUCGACUCGCCCUUCGCCAAGUACAACAGCCUGGGGCACCUGAGCUGCGCGCUCUGCAACGCGCCCGUCAAGAGCGAGCUGCUGUGGCAGACGCACGUGCUGGGCAAGCAGCACCGCGAGAGAGUUGCGGAGCUAAAAGGCACAAAGCAGGCAGCGGCUGCCCCAGCUGCUGGCACCUCGCCCCAUCCCGGCAAGCGAAAAAACGACACAGAAAGUGCAGAAUUAAAGAGGCUGAAAGGUUCAGAUAACAAGCCGCACACGUCUACGUCUGGGCUACCAGCAGAUUUUUUUGAAACAGAGCAAAAUGGUGCAAAAAAGCCUCUUGCAAAGGGUCCGGGUCCCAGUUUACUGUCCGGAAGUUACUAUGAUGAUGAUGAUGAAGAGGAGGAGGAAGAACAGGAAGAUGACUCAAAAAAAUCAUCUGUUACACAUAAAACUGAGAUUCCACCCCCAACACAAGAAGUAGUAGCUAAUUCUUUACCUCCAGACUUCUUUGACAGCAAAACUACUGCUGUGCCUAUAGUCUCCCAUUCAGGAUCCAUACAGAAGCCAGAGAUACAAGAGAAGGUAGUGGAAAGGAAAGAAAACACAGCUGAAGCUUUACCAGAAGGGUUCUUUGAUGAUCCUGAGGUGGAUGCCAGAGUGCGAAAAGUUGAUGCUCCAAAAGAUCAAAUGGACAAAGAAUGGGAUGAAUUUCAAAAGGCAAUGCGACAGGUCAACACAAUUUCAGAAGCAAUAGUGGCCGAAGAGGAUGAGGAGGGACGGCUAGACCGGCAGAUUGGAGAAAUUGAUGAGCAGAUCGAGUGCUACCGCCGCGUUGAGCUGCUGCGGGACCGCCAGGAGCUCAUGAAGGAGAAGCUUAAAGAAGCCAUGAGGCUGCGAGCGAGCCAGGAGAAAGAGGAUGAAGCUCUGGGCAGCGAGGAUGAGGAAGAACUGCAGGAUUUGCUUUCGCAAGACUGGCGGGUGAAAGGCACUCUGUUGUAGCAGGGCUGCAGCGUGGCUGAUGCUCUCUCCACCCGUGAUGUGACUUCCGUUAUCAGAAGUGAGAUGUUUUUGUCAAAAUAUUUAUUUGAGGAGGAUCGUGAGAUGGUAAAGAGACAGCCAUAUAAGGAAAAGAAAAAAUCUUUGUAGAUCUGCAGAUUGGUGUAUUUCAUGCUGUAAAAACUGUAUAUUGCAACUGUUUUGCAAGAUUGAAUGUAACUUUCCAAUUUAAGAUACUGAUUUCCUACGAGAGGUAUUUUAAUGGGAUUUAAAGAAAUUUUAUAAUCGGUAACCUUUUGGGAACAUGAGAUAUGUACAGUGAGUUGGAGGUUGUGCCAUCGCGUAUGCAUUUAAAUAGCCUGCCAGUGUGACAGUGUUUUCCCCAUGCAGGAGUGGAAUAAAGGAAACC